AUGAUUUUCCAUGAUAUUGAAAACUACUAGAUUAAAAAGUAUUAUUUUAAAUCUUAGAAUUAAAAAAUGGGUAGUGAGUUUGAAAUAAAUUUCUUUAUUAAAAAUAUCAGAUUCAUCUAAAAAUCAAAAGAUUUUGAUAUAUCUCAUAGAAUCAGGUAAAGAAUUAUGAAAAGGUUGAUAAAUUUCAUAUAGCUUGGAAAGUUUUUUAAUAAUAAGAAAAAUCUGAUAUUUAAUACAGCUAAAUCAUUUCUUAUUCACAUUGCAGAUAUUCUAAAAGAGUAAUAGCAGCAUGCUUAAAAUAUAAGCCUGAAGAUUGGUCUUACAUUAGUAAGGAUAUCAAAACUAAUUAAAAUAUCUUAAAUCAAAGUCAUUAGAAAAGAUUAAGUGCCGAACAAGCUUAUAAUGAUAAUGAAUUUUAAAUAACAAACUUAAAAUUGCUUUAAUCAAAAAAUUAAAAACUUAAGAGUAGUAAAACGAAAAACAAAAUUUAAGUAAUCAAUAUUGGCUUGUGUACCCACUUAACUUUAUCUCAAUAAUAAUUGGUUCAAUUAAGUCAGAUAAUAAAGAAAAGCUGUGAAUUCAAACUCUAAAGGUAUUUAAUAGUGA